GUUUAUCUAGUUUUUGUGGAGCCAUUUUCAAAAAGUAUCCCGUGGAAUUGACAGGGUUGUUGCAAUAUGUGGCUAAUCAGCUCAAGGCUGAGAAAAGUGUUGACCUGCUGGUUUUGAAAGAGAUUGUUCAGAAAAUGGCAGGUAUUGAAGCAACAGAAGAAAUAACACCACAGCAACUAGAAUCUAUGGCUGGGGGAGAAUUGCUGAGAGCAGAGGGAGGAUUUUUCAAUCAGAUGCGCAACACCAAGAAAUCUUCACAGAGACUGAAAGAUUCUUUGCUAGAGCAUGACCUUGCUAUCCCUCUAUGUCUGCUAAUGGCUCAGCAGCGGAAUUGUACUCUUUAUCAUGAACAGGACCACAGUCACCUGAAAUUAGUAGGAAAGUUGUAUGACCAGGAUCUCGUUGAUGAUAUCAAAGCAGAAACAAGAACAAACAUUGAUGAGCUGAUGUCUAAAGGAAGUGCACUGAGAGAAGCUAAAUGCUUGUGUCAAGACACGCUGGUGCAGUUUGGACUGUUCCUUGCCAAUAGCUUGAGCAUGGAAGAUUAUGCCAGCCGGCUCCCACCAGUCCACAGCUUAUUGUCUGAUUAUUCCAUUCAAGCUGACAUAGCUUUCUUCUUGGCCCGCCCCAUGUUGAACUACGCAAUCAGUGCAAAGUUUGAGGAGAAGAAAAAGCAAGACAAAAGUCUGAAAAAUGCUCCUUCUUCCCAAAAAGUUCAGAAAUAUGUAGAAGCUGUUGAAGAAGUAGUAUGUCCCACUGUUGAAUCUGUGAGGCCAUUGUAUCCCAGUAAAACUUGGGAUGACAUCAGGAGAGCCCUUGCUCAUCAGGGUAGAAACACAAUAUCAUGUUCAGCAAUAACUUCGGUUCUCAACAUGAAUCCUGCCAUAAAAAUGUUUCUCACAUACACCAUUACAUUGUGUUUAGCCAUUGAAUUGUUAGAAUAA